CUCUCGGCUCCCUCUUCUCCAACGUUCUACCUACACUUGUUAAUGAUAGAGAAUUCACGUGAAAAUUUAUGUUUGAGAAUCACUGGUUGCGAACAGCUUUCAACUGAAAAAAGAUAUUUUUUUUUAUUAGAGAGGGGAUUAGAUCCAUUAUGUCCGGAACCACAUGUUUUGCGUUCUACGUGUUUAAAGGAGUAGAAGAGUGACAGUGUGGCUCGAAUUGACAAAUAUAUUAGUCCUUUCUCUGAUAUUACGUUACAAGAAUUACUCUCACGUUACUAACUUUUAUGCGUACAAUUUGAACACGACAGAUUAAGAUGCCGAAAGGGAAAACGAAACGGUUUAUCGACAAAAAAAAUGCUGUUACGUUCCACUUGGUUCAUCGCUCACAAAAAGAUCCGUUAGUGGCAGAUGAGACAGCACCGCAAAGAGUUCUGGUGCCAGCUGCCGAUGCUCAAGCGGCAAAAGUGGAAAAGAAGUCUUUGGACAACGAGAAACGCAAAGAGGAGCAGCAAAAGUUUGGAAUUUACUUCGACGACGAUUACGACUAUUUACAACACCUUCGAGAUGUCAACACAUUGUCGGUGGAAUGGGAACGCGUCGAGAAUACAAACAAUUCCAAAUGUGACAAAGAUACUCCAAAAAUUAACUUACCUUCUUCAGUGUUUGCAUCAAAUGUCGAAGAGAAAGUUGGUAUGCUCAAUAAAGCGGCGCCAGUUUCUGGACCACAAUUGGAUCUUGAUCCAGAUAUAGUCGCCGCGAUGGAUGACGAUUUUGAUUUUAAUGAUCCUGAUAAUCAAUUGGAUGAUAAUUUCAUAGAAUUGGCUAAUGCUGGCAAUAGUGACAGUGAUUCAGAUAGAGAAUAUGAAUAUGAAUUAAAUGAACCAGGAAAUAAACACAGUGAUUCGGAUAUUUCAUCUGAUGGGCCCAUGGAUUUAUCUGAUGAGGAGGAGGAUGAAGUGUGCAGUUUAAAUGGACCACAAUAUACUUUUAAAGAAGAAGAAACUAAAUCAAGGUUUACAGAAUACUCAAUGAGUAGUAGCGUGAUGAAGAGGAAUGAACAACUUACAUUGCUGGAUGACAAAUUUGAAAAGAUGUAUGCUGUGUAUGAUGAAAAUGAAAUUGGUGCUCUAGAUUGUGAUGAAAUAGAAGGAUAUGUCACACAUGAUUCUGAUCUUAUCAUGCAAUAUGCUGCUGAAUUUGAAAAGAAGCAGAGGGAAGAUACGGAAAAUCUCACGGAACUAAUGAAAGACAGAAUGAAGAUUGUGGAAAGAGAAUAUUCAAGCUCAGAAGACGAGAAUUUAGAAAAACUUAUUGUUGAUGCUCGUGAAAAGGAUAAAUGGGACUGUGAAAGCAUUAUCAGCACGUACAGUAACAUUUAUAAUCACCCUAAAUUAAUUUCGGAGCCUCCCAAGCGAUCAAAGAAAAUUGAAAUUGAUCGAAAAUCUGGUAUUCCAAAAAACAUAUUAGGCAAUACUGGAAAAUUAACAGCUGAAACGUUGGCCCAAUUUGAUUUGGAAAAUAAUGCGCCAAAGGGGCCACAAUCUGUAGCGGAAAGUAGAAAAUCUACUUUAAGUGUUCUAAGUAUAAGGCCCAAAGACGAAACUACCGACGAGAGAAGAGAAAGAAAAAAACAACUUAAAGAAUACAGAAAGGAAAGGAGGAUAGAGCGAAAGGCGAACAGCGAAGCAUUUAAAGAGGAAAAGAAACGUCAAGAAAAAAUUCGGCUAAACAACACUCAAAAUAUUCAAGGAACUCGCAUAGUGUAAAAUUUUCAACCGAAGUAAUAUACUUUGCUGCAUCUUUAGACUGCAGAUUUAAUAAGAGAUUUUAUGUAUAAAAAUAUGCAUUAUUGUAUAUUAAAAGCGUUACUGAAAUAGGUUAAACGUAUCAUGUAUUACAUAAAUAUUUUAUUUAAAAAA